AUGCUUCUCGUUUCGUUCGGUUUCGUAGGAUGUGGCGGAAAACUCGGAAAAAUAGAAACAUCAGCAGUUGAUAUGGCGAUCGCGGACGCUGAAGCCGCUCUGGCAGCGGCAGUGGAUGUUGAUGCACCGACACUCGCAUCUGAUUUGUUUGAGACUGCGAAAGCCGACCUUGAGUCUGCAAAAACAGCACUCGACGAAAAAAAAGGAAACGAUGCACUCCGCCUCGCGUAUCAAGCGAUAGCUAAUGCUACACUGGCACGAACGAAUUCCAUUAAUAUCACUAAAAACUCGGAAUUAAAUGCCUCUAUACUCCAGAAGGGAGCUGAAGCAGAAUCACUCCGCGAGACUGUUAACAGUAAAAAGGAAGAACUCACAGGACUUCAAUCCGAAAUUCAGAACAUUCAGAGCGAGGGACAGCAACUGAAACAGACCGUUCGCGACCUCCAGAAAGAGAAUCGUGAACUGGGCGAUACACGGGCAGCCUACGGGGAACAGGUCGCACAACUCUCUGAAACUUUAGCAGAGAUUCAGGGGCGUACUCGAAGGGCGGAAACCGAGAUCCGUAAUUACGGUAGAGAGGUUGCCGCACUCCGUCGGAAGCUUGAAGUUGCUGACAUAAUGGUGAAAGAGGAAGGGUAUCAGAAACGGACAGUUAUUGCUGAGAUAGAUUCCCUUAAGAGACAACUCCGUGAACAGGGGCAAAUCUAUACCGAGAAACUCGCAGAAGCCAACCAGCAAAAUGCGGGUACAAAGCAUGCGGAAUAUCUCAAACAGAAAGCACAAGAGGCUCGGGCGUAUGUUGACAGUCAAUCUCCACUCCAUCCUGCUAAAACGGGACGCAUUACGCUUUCUACGGAACAGAUCGCAACGGGUAAGGCUGCACUUAGUAAUUGGGAACACGCGUGGCAUGCGAAGAACCUCAAUGGACACCUUGCCUACUAUGAACCUAAUAUUAUUACCGACAAAGUCGUGAUUCGCGAGAGCAAAGAACAUCGAAGUAAAAUCGAUCUCCAGCAACUGGAGGCAAAUCUUCACCAGAUGGGCACCUACGCGUGGAAUAAAGCCAAAACCAAUAUCGAGGUCGAGGGAGAAAGCGUUAUCGGUAUCCAUCGACUGACCCGAUUGGCGAUGCCAGCCGCAGACGAGAACGCGACGGAGCUUUACAAUAUCUGGAUUCGCGAAGUCUGGAUGCAUCAAGUUGGGAACAACUGGAGAAUUCAUCACGAAAUCUGGCAAAUCUAUGAGAACGUGCCAAAUUUUUAA